AUGGAGACGGAAUGGAACUCUUUUGCCCUUGAAGUGACAUACACCGUGUUAGGAUGGGUUGCUUUCGUUGUUUGGUCCUGCAGUUUCUACCCUCAGUUUAUCUUGAAUUUCUUAAGAAAAAGUGUGGUUGGUUUGAACUUCAAUUAUCUGCUAUUGAACAACACUAAACACACCUUGUACUUAAUCUACAACGUCUCCUUGUACUUCAGCCCUGCUAUCAGGUUUCAGUAUCAUAAAAAAUAUGGCUUCGACCAGAUGAUACCUGUAGCUGCAAAUGAUGUUGCCUUCUCAACGCAUGCUGUUCUCUUGACUGCAGUGUUGUUGUUUCAAGUUGCAAUAUAUGAGCGUGGAAAUCAAUCUAUCUCGAAAAUCACCAUGGGAAUUGUCAUUACAGUAUGGACUACUGUUGCAGUUUGUUCCUUCAUAGCAUUUCAAUCCAAUUCUUGGCUUUGGUUAAUCUCCAUCUUUAACACAAUGCAGGUGAUUAUUGCAGCUCUCAAAUAUAUUCCACAGGUAAUUAUGAACUUCAUGAGGAAGAGCACAGAUGGAUUUAGCAUUGGAAAUGUGUUGCUGGAUUUCGGUGGAGGCAUGGCAAACUAUGCCCAGAUGGCUACACAGUCAAUCGAUCAAAAUUCUUGGGUGAAUUUCUCUGGGAACAUUGGCAAAGUAUUGCUAUCCCUGGUGUGUAUGUUCUUUGAUCUUCUAUUCAUGUGUCAACAUUAUGUGCUGUAUCCAUCAAACAAGGCAGCAUCAGCAUCAGUCACAGAACCCCUAAUCAAGUCUCCUAAUCAACCAGUAGCUGCAAGUGUGCCAGUGGCUGAAAAUGUUUGAUGUAUGAUUUUAGUUUAGUUUGUACAGGAAAAAACCCAAAGAGCUAGCAAAUGUUAAACAGACCCACUUUUUACCGGUCUUCAAUUAGAAAAA